AUGUCCGAUUUCCCCACCUACAUCAAGCCUUUCAACAAGAAUGCGUACCGCAGCGCUGCUGCUUACAAGUCGCAUCUCGAGACUCAGCGCACGAAAGCAUCACCCAUUCCUCACCAUGCGCCCCGCACACUACCUCCAACACUUCGGAUGGUCCCCCGAUACAGGGCCCCGCGCGCACUGGAAUCGCCCAAAAUAAUGACCGACGAAGAAGUCAGAGCUUGGUUCAGGGAAGCCGAGGAGGAGUACGAAGCCAAGAAAAAGGCCGGUUACUACGACGGCUACGUCCCUGCCGCUGGACCCAGCCGCGGCGUGCUGGCUGAUACUACCAAUGCGCUGUCGAAAAGAAGGACGGGAAUGGAGAACUCAAUGCACGCGCCCAAGAAACAGUCGAUCAUCUUGAACCCAGCUGCUAGACCCUACCGCGCCGUCCUGGCCAACCCCGCCAAUUCGCUGCCGAAGAGAAAGACGGGACUGGAGACGUCCAUGCAUGCGCCGAAGAACUUCAAGUUGUCCAUCGUCACAAACUGA